GUCGAAGAGUUGAAGUAUUUGGACAUACACCUUUCUGCUUCCAGACUGCUCUAAGUGUGCCAGUGAUCACAUCUAGAAGUGAAGAAACAUGAAGUUUUCCCUCAUUGCAAUCAUCUUUCAAAUCAUCUUGUUCAUUCUCUUCGUAAUCUUCGUAAAAUAUGAUCCUGAUGAAGCGGGUGGUGUAAAAAAUACAACAGCUAAGGAAAAUAAAACAGAAACAUCGAAUAACAUCAAACUUUAUCCAAUGUUUCAAGAUGUUCAAGUGAUGAUUUUUGUUGGUUUUGGUUUUCUCAUGACUUUCUUAAAGAAAUACGGUUAUAGUGCAGUUGGCUACAAUUUCUUUAUUUCUGCUCUUGCUAUUCAAUGGUAUAUGAUCAUCAGAGGAUUUAUAGCGCAUCAAGAAACGAGCGGCUUUAAAAUUUUGAUCAAUCUGGAAAGCCUAGUAACGGCUGAUUUCUCUGCCGCUGCAGUCUUGAUCACCUUUGGCGCAGUUUUGGGUAAAGUCAGUCGUCUUCAACUCCUGUUAAUUGCAAUCAUUGAAAUAGUCAUGUUUUCUGUCAACGAAUUUAUCUUACUGGAUAAACUGAAGGUUGCUGAUGCUGGUGGCUCAAUGGUCAUUCACUGUUUUGGUGCCUACUUUGGUUUGGCAUUGAGUUUUAUGUUAAAAAGACCACAGGACACUGAUAACAAUCCUAAAGAAGGAUCUGUUUAUCACUCAGAUAUAUUUGCUAUGAUUGGAACGGUUUUCUUAUGGAUGUACUGGCCAAGUUUUAACAGUGUUUUGGUAUCACCUGCAGUUGAUCAACAACGUGCAGUGAUCAACACAUAUUUAUCUCUUGUUUCCUGCUGUGUAACAACAUUUGCUUUGUCUGGCCUCUUUAACAGACAAAGAAAACUUGACAUGGUUCACAUUCAGAAUGCAACAUUAGCUGGUGGUGUAGCUGUUGGCACUCUUGCUAACAUGAUGAUUCAACCAUGGGGGGCUCUUUUGAUUGGUAUUUUGGCAGCAGCCAUUAGUGUUGUAGGAUAUACAUACAUCUCACCAUUGUUAGAUGAAAAAUUCAACAUUCAUGACACUUGUGGUGUGCACAACCUUCAUGGAAUGCCUGCAAUAUUGGCUGGAGUGGGUGGUGCUGUUGCUGCUAAAUUAGCCUCAGCUGAUAACUAUGGGCUAAGUUUGAGUUCAGUAUUUCAUGAAAAUUAUAAUUCAUCCAAAAGUGCUGGUUAUCAAAUACUAGCUUUGAUUAUUACUCUUGUGAUCUCUAUAUUAUCUGGAGCAGUAACUGGUUUUAUAGUAAAGCAAAGUAUAUUUGAUUCCCCACAAGCGAACAGCUUUAUGAUGAUGAAGAUUAUUGGGAGCUACCUGGAACGUAUCUUGUUAAUCUUGAGAAAAACGAGGAUGACCAUAAUUCAGUGAUCAACAGCUAAACACCAGAACUGAUUUGCAGUCCCACCAAUUGACAAGGUGGACACAGAACUUCAUAGUAUAUCUUUCUUUUACGUAAUUCUCGAAGAUAAAUGAAGUAGAAUGUACACAAACUUGUUAAAAUAAUGAUUAGUUUGCACUAAUGUGAUCGUCAUUCUUUAAUGAAAGAAAUAUUUUCAAUAAACUUCUCCAACCGACUGUUUAAA